GGGGCGCGGCGCGGGCGUCUGCUGGGAGCCCGCGGCUGGGCCGCCGCCAUGCUGCUCUUCUGCCCGGGUUGCGGGAACGGGCUGAUCGUGGAGGAGGGGCAGCGCUGCCACCGCUUCGCCUGCAAUACCUGCCCCUACGUGCACAACGUCACCCGCAAGGUAACAAGUCGGAAGUACCCGAAGCUGAAGGAAGUGGAUGAUGUGCUUGGUGGAGCAGCUGCCUGGGAGAAUGUCGACUCUACUGCAGAGCCAUGUCCCAAAUGUGAGCAUCCUCGUGCCUAUUUCAUGCAGCUUCAGACCCGCUCUGCAGACGAGCCAAUGACUACCUUCUACAAGUGCUGCAAUGCUCAGUGUGGACACCGCUGGAGGGACUAGGGCCAAACUGGUCCAGCUGCAUCAGUGUCUGCUUACCCUGUUGCAGGGUGGAUUCCCAUCCAAGAGUGUGAACUGCGUGUCCUGAGGGUCUUUGCUGGUGUGGAGGAAAGCUACCCCUUUCAGGGUGGCUGGCCAGGAUGUCAGGAGAUGCAGCCCGUCUGCCAGGCAGGAAAUGAGCUCAGUAACGUCCAGGCAGAUUCUGUGUGUGGGGA